CGGGAUACAUUUUUUUGGCGGGUAAACUGAUCUGGCAAUCGGCCACGGGAUCAUCCAACUCAGUUUUCCCGCCAAGCAACGCCCAUUUACCUGGCCAAGCCCCUUUCUGCUAUCUCUCGCCACUCUCCUUUCUCUCUGUCCUUCGGUCCAACAAUUCAUCCAUCCAUGGAGUCCUCCGGUAACACAGAGCCGACAGAGAAAAUUUCUGCAGCAGAACCCUCAUUUUCGAGUUUCAAUACCUUUAGGUCGAAGAAGAUAAUCAGAUCGAGUUCGAAAUCGGCUUCCUCGAAUGAAGCCCAAGCAGCAGAUCUGCACCAAUGGAGCUUAAAGACACCGGAGAAGCCGACGCAGCUCCCUCGUCGAAUCAGAAAUCAAGGUUUUGCCCUUUCGGUAAAGGAAGUGAAGAAGAUCGCUCAAGGGCUCCGGAAGACAAAUACAGAUGCACCAUCCGAUCAACUGAAUCGGAUUGGGACAAGCACAAAUCUCUCGUCUGAAUAUGGACCGAGUGCCAGUGCGGUCGGUAAAUCUUCCAAGACCGAAGCAUCAACUAAGCUUCCUGAGAAGUAUGAGAUGUUGGCCGAGUUCUUUGACAGUAUGGAAAGCUCAAUUCGGCUGCUUCGGUUGAAAAAAUCACUGUCGACGUUUACAAACAUUUCACCGAAAGUUGAGGCCCUAACAGACCGGAGGUUUUCUUAUGGGCAUUUAGCUCAAUUGAAGUACAUUUUACCCGAAGCUAUUAUAAUUCAGAAGGUUCUUAUGCACGAUGAGGGAACACUGUGCAUGAAGCCGGAACUUCAGAUUACUCUUCAAACAGAUGCCUUAGAAAAUGAUGAGAAGCGGAAGGUCGGAAGUGGGUAUUUGAAGUUGAGGAAGAUUUUCCGUGAAAGGCUUUUGGAUUUCUUCAAAGCUCACCCCGAGGGAGAUGAAAUUCCAGAGGAAGUGCUGCCGGAGCCAUUCAAUCAAAAGAAACAGAACAUACUCUCAAGUGCUAUCAAGACCUACAACCCCACACCCACACCAUCUAAUGAUCUUCAAGAACAACUCCCGGUAGUAACAGCGUCUCAUCUUUCUCGGUCUUUCCAGAGGCGUUUUUCACAGAGAGUUUCCAUAUCUAAAACAGAACACGAUUUCCUACAACUACCCAGCGUUCCUCCCGAAUCUUCAGUUUUAUCAGUCUUAAACCGAUGCCCCAAAGAAAGUUCUUCUAUUGAGGAGCCUUGCACUUCUCCAGCUUCGUCACCUCUUAAAUAUUCUUCAAAAUCAUUGACCAGUAAAAGAUUGCCAAAAGUUUGUGCUUCUCCAUCUCAAUUACAUCCCUCAAGCACUAUUGCAGAAGUGGGCAAAAAGGCAGAACUUAUGAGGAAUGAGGAUUGUUCUUUGACAGAAACUGCUGGUACCCAAGGGACUCCUGCAAAACUCGUUUCAACUCCAGCCAAGCUGAUGAGCAUUACACCCACAUUGCAGACACCAAAAAGAUGUCGAAUGAGCCCUGACAAUGAUUUUGCUAACUCACCCAACAAGCUGGCCAGGCGUCCAAACCGGAGCAGAUCUUUGAAAUUUGACACUCCUGUAAAGAAUACAAAAACUGGGGAAGAAACAAUUGAGACAUGGGGGUCAUCUGUUGAGAAGGGCAUUAUGGAAAUUCUUCCGGAGGCACUUUUGCAAUCGAUACGAGAGAAGGAGAGAAAAGCAAUGGAGGAGAGGGAUGCAGGAAUCUCUCAAGCGAAGAGGCGGCAACAAAUGAUUGCAUGCCUACCCAAGCUGUUUGACAUGAUCCGCCUAAUAUUUCAGUCAGCUAAGCGUUCUGUUAUGACAAAGGAGGAGCUUAUGCACAAGAUAAUUGCCAGUCACUGUGAUAUAACUGAUAAAAGGGAAGUUGAAGAGCAGCUGAACUUGAUGGAUGAACUAGUUCCAGAUUGGAUUUCGAGGAAGGUGGCAUCUAGUGGGGAUUAUAUAUUCUGUCUCAAUAUGAAUUCAAAUCCUGAGUCAAUACGCCUUAGACUUGCAGAAGCGGAGUGAGAAUGUGCACUGAUUGAAAUUCAGUUGUGACGGAACUGAUGAUGUCCGGUAGCAGAAUUCAGAUGUCCAACAUAGCUGAAGACAAAGUGAUCAACAUUGGCCAAAUAUCUAAUUUAAUUACCUCUUAUUAUCACCCCUCUAUGUGGGUCUAUUUGUAAAUAAUUUUCUUGAUUCUUUUCCAUUAAUGUAUAGCAAGCUUGUGAGAGAGUUAAGCUUGCUCUUAACAAUGUAUAAUCACGUAGUCAGUUUGGUUCAUUGUAAAUGGCUAAAUGCCAAUUACCCUCUAAUAUGCUGUUCAAUUCUUUCAAAUGCCAACAUAUAUUACAGAAGAAUCAUGUUAAAUUAUGGUAUGAAUAUCUUGGAU